GAGUGUGGAAUUGGCUGCACUGACAGCUGCUUUGAGGUCUCCGAAGAAUACGUCCCAGACUGUGACAACAGAAUCUAUGGCUAUCGAGACGCUCCAUGUUGAGCUGGCUGCAGGUCCCUGUGAUAAGGUCUUCACGCUGAGAGCUCAGGAGCAGGCAAUGGACAUUCACUGCGAUACGGUCACCAGAGCAGCGACAGAAGAUUCCUGGGCUGUUGCUUUUAUUUCUUACUCCACCCUGGGCUCCAUCAUUAACAAGAGAUUUCUCAACGAGGGAGAUCUAACGGCUGAUGAGAAAUUGAGGAAUUGUCACCUGAAUUCCAGGGUGGUGAGUGGGGCUGUUGGCAGCAGGAGCCUCAUGAACAUCUCCAAACCUGUGAACUUCACCCUGCGCCAUAGACAGGCAAAGAAAGAGGAGGAAGAGACUCGCUGCGUUCACUGGAAAUUCAUCGCUGGGAAAGGCACCUGGGCUGAGGAUGGCUGCACCAUUCUCCACACGAACAGCACUCACACCAUCUGCAGCUGUGACCAUCUCUCCAGCUUCGCACUCCUUAUGGGUCUCAGCGGAGUGGAGGAGAACCGUGUCCAGGUUUGGGUGCUGCGCUUCAAGAAGGAUGAGGACAAAUUGUACAGAGUCCAGAGGAGAGCAACAGAAAUGAUCAGAGGUUUAGAAAACAUGACCUGUGAGAAAAGGUUGAAAGAACUGAGCAUGUUUUGUCCAGAGGCGAGACGGCUGAUGGAGGACAUGAUAAUAAUCUGCAAAUAUGCAAAGGGUAUCAGGUACUCAGCAAGACAUUGUGAGUGCCGCAAGACCCCAGAUAUCUGCAGCCCCAAGAUCAUGUGUAUCAACACCAAUGGGAGCUACUGGUGUGAGUGCCGGGCCGGCUAUGUCCCCUCCAAUGGGAACACGACCCUGUGCCAAGGAAGGUGA